CUGGACCAUGUCCACCGUAGUUGCUCAGUCGCUGCAUGUUUUUGGUCUCCGAGCCCGCGUGGCCAACAAUAUCUUCUUCUUUGACGAGCAGACGCUUAUAUUUCCUUCAGGAAAUCACUGUGUGAAGUAUAAUGUGGAUCAGAAAUGGCAAAAAUUCAUUCCAGGCUCAGAAAAGAGUCAGGGCAUGUUGGCUUUGGCCAUCAGCCCCAACCGGCGCUACCUGGCCAUCUCCGAGACUGUGCAAGAGAAGCCGGUCAUUACCGUCUACGAACUAUCAGCAAUCCCUUGCCGGAAGCGCAAAAUCCUCAAUAAUUUUGACUUUCCAGUUCAGAAAUUUAUUAGCCUGGCUUUUUCUCCAGACUCCAAAUACCUCUUGGCCCAAACAUCAACUCCAGAGUCGCAACUUGUCUACUGGUUGUGGGAAAAACAAAAAGUAAUGGCCACUGUAAGAACCGAUACCCAGAACAACACUGUCUACCAGGUGAGCUUCAAUCCCCAGGAUAACACUCAGGUGUGUGUCACUGGAAAUGGGAUUUUUAAACUUCUCCGUUUUGCUGAGGGAACCCUGAAGCAAACCAAUUUUCAGAGGGGCGAACUUCAAAACUAUCUGUCUCAUGCCUGGGUGUCCGAUGACAAGAUUGUCGUUGGCACUAACACAGGCAAGCUCUUCCUCUUUGAGUCUGGAGAUCCGCGCUGGGAGACGAACAUCAUGGUCAAGGAGCAGACCAGUGACAUGAAGAACUUGGAUAUGCUUCAAGAGUCAGAGAGCCUCAUCGAGUUCCCACCCUCCAGCUCCCCAGUGCCUUCCUUUGAACAGGUUGUGCCCACCAGUAGCAACAGCCCGCUGACCCUGCCGCAGGUGUUUGCCAUCGCUGCCUAUUCAAAGGGAUUUGCCUGCUCUGCUGGGCAAGGGCGAGUUCUGCUGUUUGAGAAGAUGGAAGACAAGGAUUUUUACCGCGAGAGCAGGGAAAUCCGGGUUCCUGCGGACCCUCAGAGCAGUGACCCGACUCAGUCUGACAAACAGGAAAUUCUCUGCUUGUGCUUCAGCCCCUCCGAGGAAACCCUGAUUGCCAGCACCAGUAAAAACCAACUCUACAGCAUCACCAUGUCCCUGACCGAAAUCAGCAAGGGGGAACCUGCUCACUUUGAGUAUCUGAUGUACCCAUUGCACUCUGCCUCCAUCACUGGUUUAGCCGCCUGCAUCCGCAAACCUCUCAUUGCCACCUGCUCUCUGGACCGCUCUGUUCGCAUCUGGAAUUAUGAGACAAACACUCUGGAACUGUAUAAGGAGUACCAAGAAGAGGCAUAUACCAUCAGCCUUCACCCAUCUGGACACUUCAUCGUAGUAGGGUUUGCUGACAAGUUACGCAUUAUGAAUCUCCUCAUUGAUGACAUCCGCGCCUUCAAAGAAUACUCCGUUAGAGGAUGCAGAGAGUGUUGCUUUAGCAAUGGAGGUCACCUGUUUGCAGCAGUCAAUGGAAAUGUGAUUCACAUUUAUACCACCACAAGCCUGGAGAAUAUCUCAAACCUGAAAGGACAUACUGGGAAGAUUCGCUCGGUUGUAUGGAACGCAGAUGACAGCAGGCUGAUUUCUGGCGGCACAGACGGGGCGGUCUAUGAAUGGAAUCUAGCCACAGGAAAAAGAGAGACCGAAUGUGUGCUCAAGUCCUGCAGCUAUAACUGCGUCAACAUCUCUCCCGAUGCCAAAAUUAUCUUUGCUGUUGGAUCGGACCAGACCCUGAAGGAGAUUGCAGACUCUUCGAUCCUUCGAGAGAUGUCGGCAUUUGAUGUCAUCUACACAGCCAUUGUUAUCUCACAUUCUGGGCGUAUGAUGUUUGUGGGCACCUCGAUGGGCACCGUGCGUGCAAUGAAGUACCCCCUGCCUUUGCAGAAAGAAUUCAACGAGUACCAGGCCCAUGCUUCUCCCAUCACCAAGAUGUUGAUCACCUUUGAUGACCAGUACCUGCUGACUGCAGCUGAGGAUGGCUGUCUGUUCACCUGGAAAGUCUUUGAUAAGGAUGGGCGGGGCAUCAAGAGAGAGAGGGAAGUGGGCUUUGCUGAAGAAGUGCUUGUUACCAAAACAGACAUGGAAGAGAAGGCUCAGAUCAUGCUGGAGCUGAAGACUCGCGUGGAGGAAUUAAAGAUGGAGAAUGAGUACCAGCUUCGACUAAAGGAUAUGAACUACUCUGAGAAGAUGAAGGAGCUAACAGACAAGUUCAUCCAGGAAAUGGAGUCCUUAAAGACAAGGAACCAGGUUUUAAAAACAGAGAAAGAAAAACAGGACAUAUUCCAUCGUGAACGCUUAGAAAACCUGGUGGAGAAGCAAAACCGGGAGCUACAAGACCUGGAAUGUUGCAACAACCAAAAGCUGCUUCUGGAAUAUGAAAAGUACCAGGAGCUGCAGCUCAAGUCCCAGCGGAUGCAGGAGGAGUAUGAGAAACAGCUUCGGGAUAAUGAUGAGACCAAGAGCCAGGCCCUGGAGGAGCUGACUGAGUUCUAUGAGGCCAAAUUGCAGGAGAAGACGGCCCUUCUAGAAGAGGCACAGGAAGAUGUCAGACAGCAGCUACGGGAGUUUGAAGAGACCAAGAAGCAAAUUGAAGAGGAUGAAGACCGAGAAAUCCAAGAUAUCAAAACCAAGUAUGAGAAGAAGCUUCGGGAUGAAAAGGAGUCUAACCUGCGGCUGAAAGGAGAAACGGGAAUCAUGAGGAAAAAGUUUAGCAGCCUGCAGAAGGAGAUUGAAGAGCGAGCCAAUGACAUUGAUGGCCUGAAGGGCGAGCAGGUGAAGCUGCAAGGGGUCAUCAAGUCCCUGGAGAAGGACAUCCAAGGCCUCAAGCGGGAGAUCCAGGAACGAGACGAGACGAUUCAAGAUAAGGAGAAGCGAAUUUAUGAUCUGAAGAAGAAAAACCAGGAACUAGAGAAAUUCAAGUUUGUGCUCGACUACAAAAUAAAGGAGCUGAAGAGGCAAAUAGAGCCUCGAGAGAAUGAGAUCAAAGUGAUGAAGGAGCAAAUUCAGGAGAUGGAGGCUGAGCUGGAGCGCUUCCACAAGCAGAACACGCAGCUGGAGCUGAACAUCACGGAGCUGUGGCAGAAGCUGAAGGCCACCGAUCAGGAGAUGCGCAGAGAGAAGCAGAAGGAGCGGGACUUGGAAGCUCUGGUGAAGCGAUUUAAGACAGACCUGCACAACUGCGUGGCGUACAUCCAGGAGCCCCGGCUGCUGAAGGAGAAGGUGCGAGGUCUCUUUGAGAAGUACGUGCAGCGAGCUGACAUGGUGGAGAUCGCAGGGCUGAACAGUGACUUGCAGCAGGAGUACUCCCGGCAGCGGGAGCACCUGGAGAGGAAUCUGGCCACACUCAAGAAGAAGGUGGUCAAGGAGGGUGAGCUGCAUCGCACCGACUACGUCCGCAUCAUGCAGGAAAACGUCUCCCUGAUCAAGGAGAUUAAUGAGCUCCGAAGGGAGCUGAAGCUCACCCGCUCCCAAGUCUAUGACCUUGAAGCAGCCCUGAAAUUGGCCAAGAAAAUCCGACCAACCGAGGUUCCAGAAAUCGCACCCAGCAAGGACCUCUCCAGCACGGCCCUCCCCAUGCGGCUGAGUGAUCACGAGGAGACGGAGAGAAUCAUCGAAAUGCAGCGCUUAGAAAUCCAGCGCCUCCGGGACCAGAUCCAGGAGCAAGAGCAGAUCCCGGGCCUGCACCCCCUGAGCGUAAGCCGGCUGCCGUCCUUGGUGGAGUCCGAGGUGGACUUGAGCAUCAGCCUCACCUGACCGCCCACUACCACCCCAGCCCCCACCCCACGCGGCGGGCCG